CCUUACACAGGUUACAGCAGAGAUUAAUAUUCACAUUGUGAUUUAUUUAUUUAUUUUUCUCUCUAUAACUGAAAACUAAAGUUAUAAUUGUUGUAUGUCUUUUUACACAGUAAAUACGCACACAAAUGCGCUACAGUUUUCCUGGUUUGCUAUUGGCCAGUGGUUUUCCUGGUUUGCUAUUGGCCAGUGGUUUUCCUGGUUACCGAUUCCAGCUGUCUACAACAGUAGAUGCGUGAGAGCGCAACUCGCCUGGCUCUGGCUUUCCAAUAAAGAAAUGUCAUGGAAUGAGGCCAGGUGGAGGGAGACAGGGAACCAACACUCUGUUGAAGAGCAACUGGAUGAAUAUUUAAUCAAGCUUCAACACAAAAACAGGGCACUGAGGAGACUACAGUCUAAGGAUCCUAAGCAGAUUGAACUGGAGAAGCUGGAACGAGGCUUCAGUAUCUACAUCAAUGGCGCUAAUGCUAAAGCUAACUCCAGUCGAUCCAGGCAGAGACUCCUGACUUCUAUCUCACCCGCACACAGAAACACAACCACUGCAGACGCUUGUAGAAGGGGUGGAGAGGAGAACAGAGAAGUUGAGCAUUACGCAAAGAGAAGCCACACAGCCCCUGAGAGAGCACAGCGCAGAGAAUGGGUCCAGAACCCUGUACAUAUUCGCACAGAGAGUGGAAACCAGGUCAGAGUCCACCCAGAAAAUAGGUACUCUGACGACUUUGAGCCCUACGAGAGCAUGGAUGUAGAGGUUAAUAAGAAGGCAUGGAAGGUGUCCCAGGUGUUGGGGGUGAGGUCUCCCUCAGACUCUGAACCUGCUGACAGGGUUCUGCUCAGCCUUGACCAGGUCAAAGUGUUGCGCCGCAGCCUAGAGGCGAGUGUGAGACGCAACAGCCGUGACUCUGCAGGAGAGGAGUCGGAGGAAGAGUGGGUGGAGGAACAGAUUGAGAGAGAGGAGAGUAAUGAUAGUCUGACUGAUAUCACCAUUCAGUCCUCCCCCAAACUCAGCCAGCCAAUCAAAAGCCAGCCAAGCUCCAGUGACCUUAUUGUUCUGGACUUUGGCCACUCCCCUAAAGGGCGUAAGGCUGAGCAAUGUCUCUCGGCUAAGCGGAAGGAGAAUGUGGCGUUCUGUAUUCCUACCAAGCCUGUUCUGGUGAAAGAAACGGACCGAUCUAACAGAACCAAACAGGACACACCACGGCCGAGUAGUCAUCUAGAGCGCCCCCUGUCUGUGGUGCGUAAAGUGCCGGAGCAACGAGACUCUGAAGAGGCUGCAGCCAUAGUGUUACAAGCCCUGCAGCGAGAAAACUGCCACACACACUCAUCAGAAAAAAGAUCUCGAACACCCACACCAAGCUCCCAGAACCUCAGCCGCGAGAAGCAUGUGUUCAGCCUGAGUCUGACCAGAACAGGCAAGCAGAUAAACGGCUCCAUUCAUGAUGAAGGAGGUGAUGAUGAUGAUGAUGAUGACGACAAUGAUGAUGAUGAUUUUCGAGUGAUGAGAGCCAUGCAGAGGAUCACACUAAUGGGAGCCAGUCAGCAGAAGCAGUUAUUGAAGGCUCUUGAGAGGAUCGAGGCUGAUGUUCAUGGCCCUGUUUCUCCCGCACACAUCAACAGUUGCAGGUCCCCUCCACCUGUGAGUGUGCAGAGAAGACAAGCUUCAGUGGAGGCUGCAUCCACUCUUUAUGUUACCAUGGAGAUCUUGUCAAACUGGGGAAACGGUUGCCGGGUGGGGUUGACGGAGGUGCAGUUCUUCUGCCGGCGGAAUCGGAAACUGUACGUCUCCCCGCACGACCUGGACAUCCGGAACGCCGAGCAUCCGGGGAAUCUUGGAACGCUGGUCAAUGGUAAAACUAAAAGUACUAAGGAGUGUAAUAUGUGGGCGUGUCCAUUUAAAGCACCUAUCCAGUUGUACUUUGUGAUCAGGAACACAGAACGCUCUCCAGAUUUCAGCAUUUCCAAAAUUAAAAUCUGGAAUUACAAUCGCAGUUUGAAUGAGUUGGAUGUAGGAGCUCGUGAGGUGCGUGUGUAUGUGAACAGCACUCUGGUGUUUGAGGGUCAGCUUCAAAAAGGCUGCGGCAAUCAGGUGUUCGACUACAGCACUACCAUUGACCUGCAAGAAGUACAUCUCCCAGAAUGCUCCUCUCCCAGCCCUGUCUCCUCCGGAUACAACCACCAUGGCUGUAGUCCACAUCGCUAUGAAUACAGUGCUCAGGAGUCAAGUCCCAGCCAAUCAGAGCCCAGCUCCACCUACAUGCAGGAAACAAACAAGGGCAGCAACAACCAGUCAGAGCUCAGUGCUACCAUUGUCCUUGGCAACCAAAUAUCACCAGCUAUGAUGCAGAGGGACCCAUUAGAGCGAGAGUCACCUCUGGUGGAUCUUACCCUUGCCCUAGGGCAAAAGGCAGAGUUGCCAGGGAUACAGAGAGAGGCAGUGACCACGGUAACCACUCAGCCGGCCUCAUGCUGUGCUCCGCAGUUGCAGCAGCUGUCGAGCAGGCCGGCUCUGGGGAGACUAGAGGAGUUGAGGGAGAGAGAGCGCCCCCUGUGGCUGGAACCGCAGAACACAUCAGAACCCAAAACCAAACGCCCCGUCCUGCCCAACAUCACCUGCAACCCAGCCCGCGUCUGCGCUGCUGCUUCUGGCCAUGUGAGGGCGCCACUGCCAACCAGCCAGAGAGCAGUGACAGUGGAGUUCGGGGCUGAUGCACUGAAGGUGGAACCCAAUCUGUGCCAGGAUCUCGGCGCGGAAGGUAACCCGGAUCGGGUCUCGAGUCCGCUGCCGAAGUGGAAUGUGAACCUGCUGGAUGAGCUGUGUGACAGAACCCACCGACCUGUGAGUGGCAGGAGAGGCUCAGUGCUCUCGCAAACCAAACCACAACCGAACCACAACACUGAGAGAACCUCUGACAUCACGGCCUCAGAGUUAGGCCUGGUUGCUGGUGGUAACCAAUGGCAACGAGCUAAAUGGCGAAGUGAGCAGGAUGACACAUUGAUGGAAUCGUGGGAUUCCCUGCUCAAGUUCAACCAGUGUCAGCGUGGGCGUAUUUCCAACAUGGCACUCGAGGGAGACAUCUUCGACGAGUUUCUACAGCGACAGUCUCGCCACGCCCCUGUCUCCUCGCCUCACGUGUCUGCUCCCCUGACCUCUGACACUGACGACCCUGAGGAGGACCACCGCGACCCUGAUGAGGAGUUUGAGAUCCCAGUCCUGCCUCAGGGUCGCCACCUGCUGGUCAGCAUCCUCUCCACAUGGGGCGACCGCCACUACGUCGGCCUCAACGGCAUUGAGAUCUACACCUCGACUGGCGAGCCGGUGACGCCUGUCCGGGUCACCGCCGACCCGCCUGACAUCAACAUCCUCCCUGCCUAUGGCAAGGACCCGCGCGUCAUCACCAACCUGUCAGACGGUGUGAACCGCACGCAGGACGACAUGCACCUGUGGCUCGCCCCCUUCACGCCCGGGCGCAGACACAUGAUCUCGCUGGACCUUGGGCUCACGUGCCGUGUGGCCAUGAUCCGGGUGUGGAACUACAAUAAGUCCCGCAUCCACUCCUUCCGCGGCGUGAAGGAUGUGGAGAUCCAGCUGGACGGCCAGUGCAUCUUCAGAGGGGAGAUCGCCAAAGCUUCUGGAACUCUCUCGGGAGGACUAGACCAGUUUGGUGACACAAUUCUCUUCACCAUGGAUGAUGACAUCCUGGAGGCCAUGUCACGGUUUGAUGACACAUUUGGUGGCGAGUCAGAAGGGUCAAGGUCAGGGAUCGAGGAGGAGGAGCUUCAUCGUCCGCGUACAGCAGAUGGGGAAGGAGAGGAAAGGCCCUUUACGCAGGCUGGAUUCAGAGAGAAUGACAUACAGCUGAAGAGGGAUUGUAAUACUGUAGCAGAACUAGGUGCUGACCCAGAGGUCCAGAGUUCUGGACUCUACACAGGCAGGACUCUGCAACUGAAUCUGAUGAUGACCUGGGGUGACUCCCAUUAUCUGGGCAUGACGGGGUUGGAGGUCGUGGGUAAAGAUGGCGAGAGCAUCCCUGUUGACAACUCUAUGGUUACCGCAUCACCCCAUGACCUCAAUGACCUCCCAGAGUAUAACAAUGACCUUCGAACUCUAGACAAGUUAUUUGAUGGACACAACAUCACUACUGAUGACACACACAUGUGGCUUAUACCAUUCUCCCCUGGCUCUGAUCACACCCUCAUCAUAGAGUUCAGCCAGUCACAAACCAUCGCUGGGCUCCGUAUCUGGAACUAUAACAAAGCACCCGAGGACUCGUAUAGAGGGGUGCAGAUAUUGCAUGUGUACAUGGAUGGAGUGUGUAUCUCUCCGCUGAAUGGGUUUUUGGUCCGGAAGGGUCCAGGGAACUGCCACUUUGAUUUUGCUCAGGAGAUCCUGUUUAUCGACUACUUGCAGUCCCCUACCACCUGCCCAGGGGGCAGUAACAACGCGCAGAACUCCAGCUCCCGCAAGAGGGAAGAGCAGGCGAGUAUGGAGUAUGAAGCUCCUCUAAUGCCAUGUGGCUUUAUUUUCCAACUGCAGCUGUUGACUACUUGGGGGGAUCCGUACUACAUUGGCCUGAACGGCCUUGAACUGUAUGACCACAAUGACCAGAAGAUCUCGCUGAACGAGAAUAACAUUGCUGCAUUCCCUGACAGCGUGAACGUGUUGGAGAGUGUGUCUGGUGAUGUGCGCACGCCAGACAAGCUAAUUGAUGGUGUUAACAACACACACGACGGCAGACACAUGUGGCUCGCCCCUGUGCUUCCUGGACUGGUAAAUCGUGUGUAUGUAAUCUUUGACCAGCCAGUGAUGGUCUCCAUGAUUAAACUGUGGAACUACUCCAAAACACCACAGAGAGGAGUCAAGGAGUUCGGGCUACUUGUAGAUGAUCUGUUGGUGUAUAAUGGAAUCCUAGAGUGUGUGUCACACGUGUCCCGAGGAAUUCUGCCGACCCUUGACCCAAUCGUACUGUGCCACACCAUUCUGUUCACGGAUAACACUCACAUUACACAACGCGAGAAGAACACUAUAAUCAGCAACCACGUAGAGGACCAGGAUGUGAAGAUGACCAAUGAAAAUCAAAUUGUUCACCAGCACAAGAAAAAACAAACAGCAGACCCAGCACUGCGACCCAAAACCUGCAUGACUGAUACAGGGAAAUGUGGAAAGCGGCGAUAAAAGGAAAGAGAGGGAGG